AAAAUAAAAAAGACUUCAGAUGGUAGCGCUGUGUUUUUCAAGCAAGAUGGUGAACGGUUUCAAACUCAACAAACUCUAAAGUUGCAAUCAGCAAUUGACUACACUGUUAUAAUGGAGAUCACACCACCCAUGGAAUUGUUCAGUUAAAAACAACCAUGAAAGAACCAACUAUAGUUAUCUACCAACGAAAAGAUGUCGAUAAACGUCUCUACAAAAUUUUAGAAAAUUUUGAAACUCCGGAGAUAAAAUUGUGGUUAUGUCCGGAUGAGACUGCUCUCGAGUUCUCCUCCAUGCUCACCGUGGCGAAAAAACAUUCUAAGACGAUUGUUCUGGAAGAAUUUGUCCCGCCUAUUCAUUACAACUGUGUGCUUACCAGCCUCUUGCUAAGCGGACUUAAAAACGUGAAGAGUUUAUCGAAAGUGUUUGAAGCUGUUUGCGACACAAUCCUUUUGUCGAAGGAUUACCAAAGUUACAUGUACAUAAACCGUCCCUUCUGGGAGGCUAUUUUCCGUAAACUGUUUACACUUCCCGAUGUGCAAUUCUUCGAAGCGAUGAUGAUGUACGCAGCAGUUAUUGCUCAGGUCUCUUCACAAUCUGAAAUAAGCGAUAGAGCCCGGGAAGAGCGAGAGAACUUGGUCAUUGUAAGUAGCUCGGAUUUUAAUAUGAUCUUGCGUUAUGUGGAGGCUGAGAAAUACGCGGAUGUAUUUCGUCGCUUACUACAACUACAGGAAAAAAAUAUAUCCUCUCAAAACGGUGCCACCUUUGGACUGGACUACAAUCGCGUGAUGGAACGCUUCUUUGCGACGGAUCUCCACCGUUCUUAUUGGCAAAGAGAUUCGAGCCAUCCUGUUGACGUGAUCGCCAUUUUGAUGUUUACUUUCAUCGCUCAUCCUGAUAUCUUAGACGCGUUGGUUAAUAAAUCAGACGGUGUUAAAGUAUUAAUGGAUGUCUUACGAAGUAAAGCUUGCAAACGCAUGCAUGUUUUGAUUAUGUUCAGUUUUGAUAAUUUAAUUGUUAACACUCAUAUAAUGAUUCCUCAAAUCUUCCGCGGUUUGAUGCGGACAAUAGACUAUUCUUUAAUGUUAAUAUAUGCUACGUCGGACAGUGAGCCGUAUGCACCGAAAGAUAGCUCUCUAAGGAAAAUGUCACAAAAGAUAGUCAUUGAUACUUUGAGACAUCGAGAGAAUGAUUCGGUAGGCACGAAUCAAAGUUAUUUUCAAAAGAUCGAAGUUUUGACUGCGGUGGAUUUAAUCACGCUUGAGCGCCUGCUUUGCAAAGAUGACGCGCACACGUCCAAGUUUUGCGUUGUUCUCACCAGUGAAAUUGUCGUGAACGGAAGCAAAAGAGAUAUUGUUGUAGACUCUGAGAUACCACGUUGUGCUGCUAAAUUUCUAUCAAGUUUGGUUGAUGCAGACACAAAUUCGUCUGACAAUGUGUUUGUCAUAUUGAAGGGUUUAAGUUUAUUUUCAAGGUUAGGAUUGGAAGAUAAAAAAAGACAGGAGAAAUUGAGCAAAAUAAAUGUGGUUGGUGUUGUUGCCAAGUUUCUAACCAAUAACAAUGAGUUAAUAAGAAUUGCAUGUCGGGAAGCUGUAUCUAAUCUGACGGAAUUUUCCCAUGAUGCUCGAGUUGAAGUUUUCAAAGUGAUCAAGUUUAAAAAUGUAGUUACCGAGGCGCAUCAGUAUUAUGUAAAGCGACUGGAAAAGAAACUGACCAUGCGUAAGUUUUGUAACAUAUUGAAGCCUUUGUUCACUAUUAUUCGGAAUGAACUCGAUGUGAAUUGGUUUCUUGUAGCACAAGACGGCUCUGAUAACUCGUACCUCAACAUUGAUAAUGAAACAGCCAACAAAAUUAUGAGAAUAUCAUCAUAUUUUAUCAACAUGCACGAUUUAAGGACCUUAGAUUUCACUUCGUUAUCUGUCUUGAUUACCUCGCGACUGUUGGAACUCGAUAUGAUAAACAUUGAAAAAUUUAUCACCGAUGACUUUCUCUCGAAAGUUUUAAAUCAUUUCGCUGAUAUGAAAGAAGAUGAAAAAAGAUCGUACAGUUUCGCACAAGUUUAUGUUCAAAGGUGUCCUCAACCUGAGAAGGAGUUAAAGUAUAAUGAAAUUGUCUCCUCGAAAGAAGAAGAAGAAUCGAAAGAAACGGAAGCAGGGCGUGAAAACAAACAGUUGGGCGUUAAGUGUGCGUGGCCGCCAUGUUUGAAUUAUGGACGAAACAAAGAAACAAAAGAAUGCGGUAUUGUUUUGAAACCAUUGAAGAAGUGUGGGAAUUGUUUGAUGAUAGCGUACUGUGGACGAACAUGUCAAAAGUUACAUUGGAAAGAACAUAAAAGAACUUGCCAAAAAGAGGACUGAGUUCAAGUUGUACAACAUCUUUUACUAAUAUUCGAAGUAUUUUAGUCAAUAUAUAGUUUUAAAUGCUUUUUUAGGGAAGAAAAACACUGUUUCUUAAAGACCAACAAAUUUCUUUGGGUGGGUUUGAAAGUGUUAAGGGAAAAAGUGUCGCCCGUCUCUGCUUUAAACGGUGUGUUUUUUGAUUGUCGCGCGAUUUUCCUAAUUUUUUUAUAAUUUGUGAUAAAAACAUAAAGUAAUUUAAACCCCCUUGUAUUAUUAAAAUUUUUCAAAUUAUUGAAUAUUUGAUAAAUUAUAUUUUCAAUUUUUGAGCACUAGCAUUUAGAACUAGCUUGUAACACAUAUUUUUUAUAAGAACAAAUAAUGGAAGAACGCGAGGCUUUCAUCGAUCUGAAAUUUAGAACGAUCUUUAAACUUUAAAUGAGUCUUCAGACAAAAAUAACCAAGGAAUGGCUGAUUUGAUCACUUCUUUGUUGGCCCCGAAAAAAAAUAAGAACAUUUUUUUUAACUUUCAGGUGUUCUUAUAAGAAGAGCGUAUAGUGUAGGUUCUUAUUCUCUGUCACUUGAGUUGAAUGUACACUGUAUUUGUCUAUACAAAUACAGUGUACAUUUUAACUAUAUAUGCAUUUUUUUAUUGUAGUUUUUAAACACCUCAGGCAAUAUAUGUUUACGGUGCGCGCAAGCGUGUGCACUCCUUAAUCUGCUUUUUUUGAUGUCACCAAGAUGUUCAGUAUCAAAAAACAACCAUUAGAUUUUAUCAAGUUUAAAGAUGGUUUUGGUUCAGUUGACUACAAAGUCAGUUCACGGUGCGUUUUAAUACUAUCUAACUAUUAAUUAGUUUCAUCAUCAUCAUGAAGACAGUUCUUCAUAUCCUUCUUUUGUAUAUAAAUUUUAAACACGUUGCACACCAUAGAAAUAAACUCAAAUAAGGUCUUUUUCACGAUUUUUUUAUAACAGAAUAUGUACUUAAAUUUUCGAAAGUAAUUUUUUGUAAUUAAAUGCUUUAUAUGGCACUUUUUGGAUGAUCAUUUAAAUGUAGCUAAUGAAGGAGAAAUGUACUUGUUAUUUGUUUA